CAAUGAGCGUCAGUUGUGUCUAGUGUGCCGGACAGUAGAGGUGUACACCGCUCUCUUCGAGGUGGUUGUCAUUGACAGUGGUGUUGAUUCAGUUUAUUCGUGGAUUCCUUGGAUAGGCGUUGUCUUGGAACACAGGAUUGUCGCCGAGAGACAGCAAGGCAGCAGGAUGUGCGGCGUAAGGAGCUGAGGGCCUCAUCCAUCAGCCAUGCACGGAUUGAUGGUGAGCCCAUGUCAGUGGUGGGACCAAGGGCAGCGAAAGCAUCAUUCUCGUGCACGAAGAUGAGGUACUCCGAGAUGCCUAGAGACAUAUCCUGUGAUAGCCUUGCUGCCCUCCGCAUCAAUGAGAGUGGAAUGGACAGUGAUGAUGAUGAGGAGCGCAGCAGUGGUUGUGGGGGUGGGAGGAGCAUGGCCAUGCCAAUGUGUGCUCGUGGUACUUCUCCGCCAUCCUCUGUUUAUCGAAAGGUAGUUCAAGAAUCCUACUACGAUACAAGUGACAGCAUGAAGGCACUAACAAAAACAGCAUAUAGCUACGGAACAUUACCAAGAAUCCAUAGCCACAAGUCAGCAAGUUUGCCAGCUAGAGGGAAGGAUACAGAAUCUCCCCCAGUUUUGGACGUGUUGCGUGUGCUGCCUGAAGACCUUGCAACCCAGAUCACUCGGAUGGACUUCCCAGUAUUCAAGUAGGUCAAUCACCACCCUGAAGAACUCACUUCUUGUGGGUGGACCAAAAAAGACAAGCUGAAAUCUGCUCCAAAUGUUGUUGAGUUUACCCGUAGAUUUAAUCAUGUGAGCUUUUGGGUAGUGCGAGAAAUCUUGAAUGCUGGGGGUGUGAAGCAUCGAGCUGAGAUGAUGACACAUUUUAUCAAGGUUGCUAAAAAACUCAAUGAACUUCACAACUUCCAUUCACAAUUUGCCAUUGUCAGUGCUCUUCAGUCUGCCCCAAUUUAUAGGUUAACAAAGACUUGGGCUGCUCUAUCUCGCAAAGACCGCCAACACUUUGAGCGCAUGACUGAACUUUUUAGUGACAAGAACAACUGGGAACAGCUACGUAGCCAUGUAUCCAGCCUCAAGCUGCCCAUGAUUCCUUAUCUUGGUUUAUUCCUCACUGACCUUGUGUACAUUGAUAUGGCUCAUCCACAUUUUGGGGGUCUGGAGUCUGAGCAGCGGCAGUUGAAAAUGAACAACAUAUUAAGGAUGUUGGCAGACUACCAGAGAUCAGAUUAUUCUGCACUUCCACACCUUCAGCAUGUGCAGGCAUACCUUGCCUCUGUCAGAUAUAUUGAGGAACUUCAGAAGUUUGUGGAAGAUGAUCACUACAAGUUAUCCUUACAGUUGGAACCCAAUACUCCAAGUAGUAGCAAUAGUGCAAGUAAGGACAGUGUUUCUGAUGCUGCUGGAGGGAUCAGUUCUCUCAAUGUGUCCCCCUCUUCCCGCUUGGGUCACAUGGUUCUCAAGACCAAAUUUGUCCCAACACACCGGAAAGCACGAAGUCUAGGAACUAAAUUUCGGAGUAUGAGUCUCCCACGCAAUCUCCACCGCUCCGAGCCCCAAACUCAGGGGGUUGACCGCUUCGGUAUUUUCAAAGGAUGCUCUGGGUCAGGUGAAGGAAUGCGCUGUGACUCCGUAAACAGCCUUGGGAGCCAUGAGCCUGGCUGUCCUUCAGCUCAGGGAUCACAAGGUUCCAGGCACCUCCUGGAUGACUCUGAACUAGACCCUCCUCCACCUCCUCAGCAUGACUGCUCCUCACCACCUUCACAUACUCUUACUCGCACUUGGUCUGGCCUGUCGUCUGACUCAGAGACUGAGGUGGUAUUUGAGGUGAGUGGGGAGGACUGUGGUGUGCAGGGACCACUAAGGCGCAAGACGGUUAUCAAGGAUGGCCGCCGGCCAGCUGUUUCAGCCUGGCAUAGAUACUGGGUCCAGUUAUGGGGAGGAGCACUUGUGUAUUACCACCCAAAGAGUCUCACCUCUCGUGGUCAAGAACGAGCAGACUUCAAAACAUCCCCAUGUAAACUACAACCCUUGGCUGGAUCAGAGGGAAAGCUGGUGUUAGUUGGUCCACAUGAUGCACAAUCCCAGCCUGAUGUGUUCCAGGUUAGGGUAUACUCCUUGCUUUCUGACCCAGCCAAGGCUACAAUAUACAAGUUUCGGGCUCCCUCAGUAUCUGCUGCCAAAUCCUGGAUCUCAAACCUUCAGCAAGCUCUCUCAGAAAACACUCAAAUACCACCAGAUUCUUUAGAAAAUUUGAUGACAUUUGAAUAAUACAUCAUAUUUGCAUUUUUUAAGUGGUGAAACUUUGCUGUAAUGAUAGAAUGAGCAUAAAUAAGUGUAUGCUCUCUCUCAAGACAGUAGGAAGUGAAUAAUAUUCUUGACUGUAUAUGAUAUUUAUUUGUAUUUCACGUUAAUCAACCCUGAAACCCAGAGGAAAGAUUUGCAUACAAACAGCAGUGUAUUUCCUUUGCUUCAGUUAGCAAAAUGUUUUAUUUGCAAAAAUAUUUGGUAAUUUUCUUCUUCAUAUUCAAAUAGAUAUAGGAAGAGCUUGGAGUAUAUAGUUUCAUAUAGAUUUUAGGAGCUCAGCUAUUUCUCUCUCUCUCUCUCUCUCUCUCUCUCUCUCUCUCUCUCUCUCUCUCUCUCUCUCUCUCUCUCUCUCUCUCUCUCUCUCUCUCUCUCUCUCUCUCUCUCUCUCUCUCUCUCUCUCUCUCUCUCUCUCUCUCUCUCUCUCUCUCUUCAAUUUUAUGUAUACCUUAUUUACAUCUAUAGUUUUCUGCCAGUAUUGACUGGAAGCAGCCAGAAUAAUAGCACUUUGUGUUAUACAUGGAGACAAAUACCAAAUAUUCAUCAUAUAGACAAUUCCAUGCUUGUCAUUGGUCCUGAAGGAGUGUUAUCACAAGGAGGGUACAGAAGAGUAGUUUCUAAAGGAUGGUUAGAAUUUAGUCAUGCUGGUAGUUUCUGGUGCUGAAAAGUACCAGUCAUGGUCAGAGAAACAUAAAUCUAGUCUUGCUACAGUCCUAACUGCCAAAGGAAUUAUGUGUUUACAUGUGUAACACCACAGAUAAAUUAUUUAUGAUAGAACAGAAAAGGGUUGCAUAUUAUGAAGUGUACAAGCAAAAUUACUAUGAUACAUGAUUACAAUGUCAGUCCACUACAAAUAAAUAUGAGGUUUCAUAAA